AAAUGUUCUCUCGGAACAAUCGUUAAUUACCAGGAAAUUAGGAUCCCUGUACCGUGGGGCCACGUUGCAGGCAAGUGGUGGGGCCCCACAGACCGGCGGCCGAUUCUCACCGUCCACGGGUGGCAGGACAACUGCGGCUCAUUUAACCGAUUAGUCCCGCUUUUGAACAAAAAUGUGGGCUUUCUGGCCAUAGACUGGCCCGGCCAUGGCCACUCCUCGCGAAUUCCCAGCGGCCUCUAUUGCCACUUCACAAAUUACCUCAUCCUGGUUCAGUAUUUGGUCAAUUACUUCAACUGGCCUAAAGUCUCCCUCCUUGGCCACUCCAUGGGGGGCAUAACGUCCUACGUUUACACCAUGGUCUACCCCAAAAACGUCGACUUCCUCAUUUGCCUCGACGGCGCCAAACCCAUGAUUUCCGAAGACAACAUCCCCCGAAUCGCCCGAAAUAUAACUAAGUUUUCGAGAUACGAACAGUUCGAGCGGAGCAAUGUGGAGCCCCCCAGCUACACGAUGGAAGAAAUCAAGGAAAAGGUCUGCGCCCCGAAUAACAAAUCCGUGGCGUACGAACACGCGCAUCAUUUGAUCGAACGCAAUGUUGCUCCCUCGAAAAAUAAUCCGGGGAAGUACUACUUUACGCGCGACCCGCGAUUAAAGGCGGGGGAGUUGAUGAAUUGGCCGCAGGAGGAGUCGAUGAGUCUUACGAAAUCGAUGACAUGUCCGGUGUUUAUCGGCAAAGCCAUUAGUGGCUCGUAUUACGAAGUUAAAAAGAAUUUUUACGAUGUGUUGGAAGUGCUUAAGAAAAGCAGUGUGGACUGCCAGUAUCACAGGCUGGAGGGCACGCAUCAUUUCCAUCUGAAUAAUCCCGAGACGUUGGCGGAGUUGAUAACCAAGUUUAUUGAUAAGCACAAUGUGGAGAGUCGGGAAAUUGGAGGUAUCAAGGAAGAGAUGAGACAGAUGGCGACCGCAUAAUGCGUUCUUUGUAUUAUCUGUUGAUUUUUUUUAUCUCUGUUGAUCGGAGAUUUUUUUAUUUAAACUGAAUAAAUGCGUUUGUUGUGUGCUUA